ACUGCUGGGGCAGGGAAGCAGCUGGAUGAACGCGAGCCGUGACCUGCAAUUAUUCAUAUUCAGUUUUUUAUGUAUACACACGAGCUGUGUACAGAGGCGUUAAUGUCACGAGGAACCCAUGCACGCUCUGUUUUCAACGCACGAGAGAAAAUCUAUGAGUGCUGCGUGGAUGUGUGAAGCAGGAGAAUGAGUGGGCGCUUGGGAGGGAGAGGAUGCCACCAUCUUUCACCGAAGACUGUCCGGCUUAACACAUCGAUUAGCUGACCAACAACCGCGGGACUGAGAAACACACAGAGUCUGUGUGUGAGAGGCUUUUUCAACUUGUCUCGUUGAGCUCCUCUGUCCCAUGGCUGCUGUUAGUGGCGUCAACAUGGUGUCCCAGCUGGCAGGUCCAGGAGCAGCAGAGCUGUCCGCUGUGUCCUUCCCCAACACGUCGGUGUCUGCCAGCCCGACGCCAGGCUCUGAGAACCGGGGGUGCGAGAAUGGCGCCUUGAUGGACUCGUUUGGGAUUUUCCUGCAAGGACUUCUGGCAGUGAUGGCUUUCAGCACGCUGAUGUUGAAACGCUUCAGGGAGCCAAAACAUGAGAGGAGACCCUGGAGGAUCUGGUUCCUGGACACCUCAAAACAGGCCAUUGGCAUGCUGUUUAUCCACUUUGCUAAUGUCUACUUGUCAGACCUCACAGAGGAGGAUCCUUGCUCACUAUACCUCAUUAACUUCCUGUUGGAUGCUUCUCUGGGCAUGUUGCUGAUCUAUGCUGGGGUGAGAGCUGUCAGCGCUGUUGUGGAGUGGAGGCAGUGGGACUCUCUGCGUUUUGGAGAAUACGGAGAACCAGUGCAGUGCUCAGCGUGGUUGGGCCAGUGUAUCCUCUACAUCCUCAUCAUGAUGUUUGAGAAAGUCCUCAUCAUGCUGGUCCUCCUCAUCCCGCAGUGGAAGAAGCUGGCUCUCCUCAACCCUAUAGAGAAUCCUGACCUGGAACUGGCCAUCGUCAUGCUCAUCGUUCCGUUCUUCAUUAACGCCCUCAUGUUCUGGGUGGUAGAUAAUUUUCUAAUGAAGAAGCACAGGACAAAAGCAAAGCUGGAGGAGAGAGAGGAGGACUCACGGGGGAACAGCAAGGUGCGCUACAGACGAGCUCUGUCCCAUGAUGACUCCGAGUCAGAAAUCCUUUUCUCAGCAGACGAUGAAAUGGAUGAGUCGGAUGAAGACGAUGUUCGUCGGCUCACUGGCCUGAAGACAGUGAAGAAGAAGAAGCUUCGCAUGGGGAUCCCUGUUUGACCUGUGUGCUUUACUAAACUGCUACAGUGAAAGUUUCUCUGGUGGCUUUUCACCUCGGAGGCCCACAUAUAUACAUUCCCCGUACCUCCACAGAUUUCUGUGUAAGACGUAGGAGUUGACACAAUAUCUUCAAACUAAGGACGCCCUUUGUAGCAGAAGAACAUACUGUAAGUGAAUUCCCUUUACUUUUGACUCCUGGAAGAACUUCUGCAUAAACGGUGUCUAACCUGGGAUUUAAUUUAACGAACUGGGAGAUAUUUUUGCGGUUCACCUGGUACUUUAGAUCACUGUUGCAUUUUGACAUGGCACUCCUGGGGUGAGCGUUGUGUUUAAAGAGACUGGGGAUGAGAAUCUCACCAUGAACAAACAUAAUAUCAUUGUUGAAUUCUUUAUGUACGUAUAAUGUUAACACUGGUUUAAUACUGUUUGGACUUCUGUGUGUGUGUGUGUGUGUGUGUGUGUGUGUGUGUGUGUGUGUGUGUGUGUGUAUGUGGGGGGUGGUCCAGGAUUAAGUCGGUUUGAUAAAUCUAAACGGCCACAACAAAACCAAACAUCAUGCAAACAAAACUGUUCAAUGACUUUGUUACGUUUGAUAGUCUAAUAUGUCCUUUACAGUGAUUGUAUUCCCAAUGCAGAUUCCAUGUAAUCUUUGUCCUUUGUUUUCUCGUACAGAUGUACCACCAUUGCCUGUGAUGCGUGUUUGUGUCAUAGAAAUAGAAUGGGCAGAACGGACAUUGAACUUUUGCCACCAAACUAAGACUAACAUCAGCUUUAUUUUCUGCAUGCAGGUAGCCAUGCCCCACAAUUACAUAUAAGUUCAAACACACUACUAAAAUGCUUUGAAUUUAGUUAAAAUCGUGAUAAACAGCUGCUAUCAUUGCGAACAGUUUGUUCCAAUAAUCACCAGCUCUGGUUUCGUUAAAAUAAACCUUAUAUUCACUGGGUGAAAAGUGAAAUGUGCUGAUCUGCACACUGUUUAUCCCUGCAGCCUGUCUUCCUCUAUGCCGUCUAAGGAGCAGCGGCUCUCACUUGCUCUUCAACGGCAGCUACAAUAACGCUACGCUAUGUUUUCAAAAACUUGCAAUUAAUGGGAACAAAAGAAACAGAGAAAUAACUGUGAUGGUUUUUUUUUUCAACUCCGCUGCUCAUUUGAUUGUUUCUGCAAAACCUCAACUCAGUGACUUUAUGAAAGCUGGUUUGUUUAAAGUUAGCACACCACAACAGUUU